CAGCUGCUAUUAAUUGUGUUUAUCAUGAAUUAUUGUAUUUUUUCUCUGUAAUCAUGUCAAUCAAAAGGUCCAAAAGCAUGACAAGUAAAAUGGGACAGAGAGUACAUUCCAGUAGCCCUAUUAUCAGUGAUUUAAUGUGUUAAAUCUAAUUUAAUCUAAACUGUCUGACCUCAUUCAAAGUCACAUCAAGGUAGUGGCCACUUUUUGACCUUCUUAGGUGUUUUUACAUCAAAACAGUAGCUAUUUUGUGGCUCCUCUUUAUGUUACUAUUUUGGAAGCUUCUGUCAAUGCAGGCAGUUCAUUUCCCACAUCAUUUCCACAUCUAUUCUCUGGAAAGAAUAAUCUACGUUGCUUAAUUCCUUGUGCAAUUGACCAGGAUCCAUAUUUCAAAAUGACAUGAGAUGUUGCUCCCUGGAUAGGGUAUUACAAGCCUGCCUUGAUCGAGUCAUCUUUCUUUCCUGCUCUGCAGAGCCACCGUCGAGCUUUGGGCAGGACUACUUAGAAGCAUAGCUCACAGUUUGCAUAGGACAUCCACCAAGAAGAUUUUAGGAUCAGCACUAACUUCACUGGUAUUAUCUGAAACGGUGGAAGAAACACCAUGACCUUAAGCCUAGGAGAAUCAGGAAAAAUGUCAUCUAGUGAUCCAAAUUCUGUCAUUUGCGUUACUGAUUCUGCAAAGGACAUUAAAAAUAAGAUAAACAAGCAUGCAUUCUCUGGUGGACAAGAAUCUAUAGAGAAACAUAGAAAGUAUGGAGCUAAUCUGGAGGUACUUGGUUUUUCCUUUGCUUUGCUUGUAUGAUGGAUUUACUAGCCAGAUCAUCUAGCUUUUACAAAUCACACUUUAUUGCAAAAAUGUAUUCAAUUUAUAAGGAUUUUGGAAAUAUGUUACUCUUAUUGUAGCUGAAUCCCAAGAUUUGAUGAACCGAUCUGCAAUGUGACUUCCUUUUAAUGUGUUUGUUUAGCUUUCCAUAAGUUACUGCCAUUUACAUGUAGUGAAAAGGGUAUAUUUAUGCCUAUAAUUAAAUGUCAAAUUUUAU